UUCUAUUUUCAGAUUGCGAGUUAUUAGAAUUAUUAAGCAUGACGAGAAAUCAUCAAAUAAAACCUAACCCCUGGUGUUAUUUAGUGUUAUAAAAAAAAAAGAAAUUCCCAUUUAAAUUAAAAAAAAAAGAUUUAAAAAAAAAAAAAAUUUCUAUUCAACAUCAAUUUUGUGUGAGAAGAGGCUAAAUAGGCUAAACUAAAAAACAACAAAAAAAAAAGCUCAAUCAUGGCCUAUUGGAUGGAUACGUUGCUGCUAUUUAUGGUUUUUGUUCAAGAUUACACAUACAGCUUGAGACUAGUUGAAGUACGGAUACCAAACUACGUGGUAAAAGGAUCUGAUGCACAACUUGAGUGUCUGUAUGAUUUGGACGGUGAUGUGCUGUAUUCGGUGAAAUGGUACAAAGAUGGGAAUGAAUUUUAUCGAUAUGUUCCGAGAGAUAUGCCACCAUCGCAGACAUUUCUGCUGCCAGGUGUAAUGGUUGAUGCACCCAACUCUACGGACGCUAUGGUGACGUUAAAGAACGUCAACUUGUCAACGACAGGUCGUUUCCGCUGCGAAGUUUCAGGAGAGGCGCCUUCUUUUCAAACUGUCACUGAACACGGAGAUCUAGUGGUUGUAUAUCUUCCUGACAAAGGCCCAGUCAUGACAGGCGGUCGACCACGAUAUCAAAUUGGCGAUUGGGUGAGAAUAAAUUGCACAUCAGGACGUUCGAGGCCAUCGGUACAAUUGACAUGGUUUGUCAAUGGUGAACAAGCCGAACCAUCAAUGGUUCGGGGCUAUGAAAAAAUUGUUUCCGGACGCGAAGCACUGGAAACCUCAAUACUUGGAUUGCAAUUUCGAGUAGAACAACAUCAUUUUCGAAAUGGUGAUAUGAAAUUGAAGUGUGUGGCCCGUUUAUCAACAAUCUACUGGCGCAGCAAUGAAGAAUCCGUCGAAGGUGAUCGCCCCCAAAAAGCCCCCGUACUCGAGUCACGUGAAACAGUCUAUGCUAGUAAUUCGAGAGCCGAUCCAGUCCAAGGUAUGUCAUUCCGGGAAUUAUUUGUUACAAAACUUUUAUCGUUUUUCAUUCAACCAAAUGCAGCCAGUAGUACGGACCUCAAAUGCUUGCCAAGUGUAGUUAUCACACUCACGUUAAUAUCAUGUGCGCUUAGCUUAACACCAUAUCAACGAAUUCAUAUAUCCUUUACAACAACGUUAUCUAAAAGAUAGCUUCAUUAAAUUUCAUAAAAAAAAAAAACUAAAAUAUUAAAUUAAAAUAUAGAUUCUAUAGGUAUUUUUUAAAAAUAAGGAAAUAAAUUACACACUCAAAACUUUUAAGUUUAUUCCUAAAAUUUUCUCAAAUUAAAUAUAAGUGUAAUUUUUUUAAAGA